AUGAAAAAAUUAGAGACGUCAUUAGAAGAAUCAGGUCAAAUUUACGAUUUUAUGCGCUUUCUCGAUUCGGUGGGCAUACCCUCGGAAUGGGCACCUAUAGAUGUGAUUGUACGUGAUGCUUCACAACUGUCGAGUGACUCUGUCCUAGAGAAUCGGAUUCAAACACCAGCAAACGAGAUCGAUUAUCAAACUUUUCACUCAUGGCUACCGUCAAACCCACAAGCUGCUCAGCCUCUUACCACAUUCCCAGACUUUGAGCCAUCACAGACUAAGACCAAGCUUUCAAAAUUUACAGUGACGGAAGGGCAACGGCUACAUAUGAUCCAGAAGCUUGAAAGCUUCCGUUCCGAAGUACCGGAUUUCUGUCUUCCCUCGCGACAUAUUCUGACUCGAUACCUGGGCUCCUUUUUCGAGGGAUUUCAUAGCCAUCUUUUGUUUAUUCAUAUCCCAACCUUUGAACUCUCAGACCAGUCCAUUGAAUGUGCUUUGGCCAUCAUGGCCGCAGGAGCUCAAUACCGGUUUGAGCACAAUAAUGCGAAUCGACUUUUUCACGCUUCGCAAUCUAUCCUUAUACGUCGGAUCGCCCAUUAUAAUUUUGACGACAUAGCGAGCUCACUAAGUACCGACAUCCCCCGGACAGCAUACGCCACUGGGUCUCAAGCUGAAGCCGACGACGACAGUAUACAUAUUGCACAAUGCUUACUGAUUCUGAUGGGGUAUGGUAGCUGGGGGGACAGCAGCCUUCUCAAAGCGGCCUUCCGUCUCCGCAGUUUACUCACACGAUAUCUUCGUAUAUGCGGAAUGCGAGAGGUGCCCGUCAGGGGAAAGCUGUCAUGGAAUGAAUGGAUCAGGAACGAAACGGCGCGACGAACCAAACUUGUUUCUUUUUGUUUUCUCAACAUCCACAGUGUGGCCUACAAUGCUGCAGCCUCGAUCCAGAGUAACGAGAUAUUCCUUCGUCUUCCAUGUGCCACAAAAGAGUGGAAUGCAACCUCGAUGCAGGAAUGGGAAGCGGCUCACAGUGGAAUCGAAGCAGAGCAACUCGAAUUUCCAGUUGUAUUAGACCGUAUGCUGCGAAGCUCCGACAAGGUCGUCACACUCAGCCCCAUCCCUUCCCCCCUUGGGAGCUAUGUCGUUCUGCAGGGCCUUAUACAGCGGUGCUCCCUAGUGCGUGACCUCGCCCUGGGACUACCAAAUGAGCCUUCCCAUCUCCCCUCAGAAGAGUUAAAUAAAUUGGAAGGUGCGCUUCGAUCGUGGACUUUUAUAUGGCAACAAGCUCCGGAGUCAAGCCUCGACCCGCUGAAUGAAAAUGGGCCUAUUGCUUUCACGUCCAGUUCCCUUCUUGGCCUUGCAUAUAUUCGGCUUUCUCUCAACAUAGGGCCAUUUCGCAGGUUGGAAACGCGGGAUCCUGCCAUAAUUGCCAAUUUCUUGCUGAAAUGCCCCUUACCGGAGCGGGGUCCUCGACUGACACCUGCACUCAUAUACGCUGUUCAUGCCAUGAACAUUCCAGUCCGACUCGGUAUCGACUUUCUUGCUCGCAGUCAGGCAUUUUUCUUGAGUGUGCGAUAUUGCUUGGCAAGUAUGGAAUGUGCUGUUUUCCUCAGCAAGUGGCUGCUCACUCUUGUACCUUCAAUGGCAGAUCUCACUGGUAUUAAUUACAUAACAGAAUUCGAAGUUCGCGUCCUGACUUGGAUUAGAGACAUCCUGCAGGAAGCAAAUGACUCGAUUGAUGCAGAGGACGAGGAAAGGCCGCCAUUUGUGAGACCGUUCGACAUGAGUGUUGCCGUUCUUCGCCUUUGGGCGCGGUUCUUCCGUGGGAAUUCCCAAUGGCCGUUCAUCAAUAUCAUUGGGCUAGCACUACAGCGGUAUUCCUCUCUGAUAUAG